CUCCAUAAUCUUACGCAGUAAUGGAUAAAGAAGGUAGCAAGCCUGCCUGGCCCAAGUCAUCAAGAAGACAUCGGACUAUUACAGGUAGAAGAUAUGGAAGAAGGUACGCCUAUGUUUGUUUUACACCAUCUUCGAAUAGCCAAGUCAGAGAUGAACAUCAACACAACGAAGACUGCAAAGGAUUAGAGCUAGAGGAUGCUCGGAAAGCGAAUUCUUUAUGUCCCAGUCCACCAGUUUAAGCUUCUUCUUGUUUAUUAGGUGAGCCUUUGUUAGAAAAUACUGGAACUGGAGAACCUGUUUGCGAAAGUGUAUCAAGCCAAACUUUGGAAAAGAACAUGUCACCAUUUUCUCUCUUCUCUUAUGGUCUGGAAGGCAACCAAAUCUCAGGGAACUUUAUGAAUCCUUACAAAAAUUUUGAGGGCCUUGCAGAAUAUGCGACUGCUGGAUGUAAUGAUUGGAAUGGUCAGAAUGGAAUUGCUUUUGUAAACAUCGACUGUUAUAAGCUACAUGGUGGUGCUGGAGAAGAUCAUGCUCAAGAUGAAUUUUCAUUAGGAACAGAAGAAGCAGUUGUGUUGUGGGAAACAAGAAAUAAAAUAUAUUCUCAGUCUGGAAAAGUCAUAGAGUCAUGUACUGACUUACAGUCUCAAUUGUCCAGUCUCAAUCACAGUGUUACUAGAGAAUGUUGUGAAGAAGCAGGACCAAUGAGAUGUUUUAGCAUAAAUUCAGACUUGGCAUGUCCAAACAGCAGGACAUCUAAAACAUCUGAUGAAGAUCAAGCCAUACUGAAAAGUAACCCAAGUGAUAAAGUUUAUGAAGUACAGCAGGUAAAAAGUAGAGAGAAUGUUGGAAUCCAACUCCCAAUAGCAAUUGCUAAUGAGUUACAUGUCAGUGAUGACCAAGGAAGUUCACUUGAACUAGUAGUGAGACCUAAAAUAAGAAAACAAAAUACUUCAAAUGAGUUGGAGAAAGAGAGGCUGCCUCUUAAUGAUGAGGAAAGGGAAAGUAUUUCCUGGAGGAGAACUGAAACUGAUGAAAUUCAGCAAGGGUGUGCUGAAUGUGCCUUUGAUAGCAGAGAGAUUAAUUCUAGUAUGUUCUUUGGCUCAAGAGGACAUGAAGUUCAUCAAAAUGAUGCAGAACUAAGGAAAAAUGCAGCAGCUCAAGAACGAAAAAAUGUUCUGGAAGAUAGUGCUUUUUGUGAUGGGCUUGAAGACUGCAACAGACACUUAUCAAUGUACCGUAAAGAUAAAGACAGCUCAGAAUGCAGUGAUGGAGAAUGGUCUGCAGCUGCACCUCCAUAUUUUACUGCUACAGAAAAAGACCACUCAAGUGCUGAGAGCUGUGAGACUAUCCCAGGCAGGGAGAAAUGUGAGCCUGAAGUGCAGAGCAGCAGCAGCAAUUGUGUAGAAGAGGAGAACAGAGACUGCUCUUCACAAGGAGGGCAACACAUGUUGGAGGAAGGAGAGAUUCCUCUGUUACAAUGCCAGCAAGUAGAAAGCAUCGGUGUUGUGGAAGCUAAUCUACUUCCUGACUUUGUGUUUUCUGGAUUCUUCUUGCUGGAGGAAAAUUACAAUGUUGAGGAUGAUUCCAGUGAGAGUGAAGAUCUGAAUUUGGAGCAGAGACCACAUAGCGAGUCUGGUAAUGGCCUGGGACUUGCUCAAGCUGUUUCUGAUGUGAACCCUAUCACAAUUGAGUCACUAGAGGAACGCUUACAAGAAGCUGAGCAGAAUGCUCUGGUAUAUUUGGGGUUUGUUGGACUUCGGUUUGACAAGGCUCAUCCACCAGCUACGAAAGAAAUGAUAGAUUCUCUGCCACAGGUUGUCAUCACAAAUGACCAAGCUGGUCAAGAGCAGCGUUGUAUUAUCUGUUGCUGUGAAUAUGUGGAAAAUGAAAUCAUAACAGAGCUACCCUGUCAUCAUUUGUUUCACAGAACUUGUGUAACUCUUUGGUUACAGGAAUCGGGAACAUGCCCGGUUUGUCGUCAUGAGCUUGCACCUGUGCCUCUUGAAACAGCUGCUGGCACUGUUUCUUUCCUACCUGAUCAUGACUUGGCAUCUUCUGCUCACAGUGUUACAGGAACUACAAACUAGGAUCUGAACUUAAAUUGCUGCUACCAAAAACAAAAAUGUAAAUUUUGCCUGUUUAAUUACAAUGUGAAUACAUUGUUUAUAAAAUACUA